AUGUACGUAUAUCUCUCUCUCAGCUCGCAAGACAAAAAAACACUCGCACAAGAAAAAAGAAAUCGAUACAAUACAACCCUAGCUCUCUCUCGCGAUGCAAACCCAGCGCCGUCCUCCACCGGCGACGAGAUUGAACCUCAGCGCCAUCCUUUAAUCAACUCACCACCACCGCCUUAUCUCAGCAGUCGUUCUCUCUCUCUCACUCGCGCAGUCGUCCUCUCUCUCUCACUCGCGCAGUCGUCCUCUACCCUCACGAACCCUAACUCCAAAUCGAAGGUUGUCUUUCAUUCUCCAGCCUCUACUCUCACGAAUCGAAGGUUGUCCUCCUUUCUCCGGCCUCUACUCUCACGAAUUGAAGCUUGUCUUUCUCUUUCACAUCGAUUCAGGUUUGAGAGAGUGGUUACAUUUUAUUUCUCAGAGUUAGUAAUAUCCAUUACGAUGCCAAUGUGGAUGGAUGGCGGGAUCUUGAUUGGAGUAGCAAGGCCAUACAUAUUGCUGCUAGAAACCAAACAAAGUGGUCACAUUAAGUUGCUAAGUAGUCUUUGUUUACCCUUCAGAAAUGGUAGAAAAAUAGGUUGAGAUUGUAAGGGAAGAAGGAUUGGAGAUAUCUCAACCAGCUCUUGAUCCAAAUUCGACAGAGAUACAUCAUAGAAUUACAGUUAGAGCUAGGACCAAGAAAGCGCAUAGGUGUUCAAUGAUCCCACGACAUUAACAGAGGAGGAGCUGUAUGAUUUGCGAGACCGUUGGGCAACUUGUUUUCUUGACCUAUAUAAUCCUGAUGUAGAUUAUGAUGAUGCCGACGAGAAAGAUUAGGAGCUAGCUAGGUUUGUGUGAAGUUACAAUUGAUUAGUUAUGAUGAUGUUUUAAUUUGUAUUUUGGAUGGAUUAGUAUUAAUUAUUAUGAUGUUUUGUAUUUUGGAUUUCAAUGGUUAUACUUUAAUGACAUUAUUACUAUAUAUAUGUUGAAUGUUGAAUUUGGCU